GUACGCGGAAGGAGGGUUACUUUACAACUUUAUCUUUUGUUAAAAAUAGGAAAACAUAUGGACUUUGCGGUGCAUUGGGGAUUCGUUGCACCGCUUUACAACUUUUAGUAUUUUUUUUUUUUUUUUUUUAUUAAAUAGAUUUAACCAUGUUUAAAAAUAAUGGAAAGAAGACCGCUAUUUCUAUAGCCAGUACAGCAUGUCUUUGCCUGCUGUUGGUCGUAGUUGCAGUGCAGCAUCACCGCUUUCAAGUGGAUGGAAUAAUCGGGACGGGGACUCCGCUCCUAAACGCACCGGACGCAGCGCAAGAAGACACCGGGAGCGCACAAGUUAAGAAGGGAUUCUCUGCGUACUUCACCAAACUGACCCGCGGACGGAGGGAGGUGGAGAAGCCCACACGCUCCUCUGAGUCCACAGACGACCCACCUCCAGCUGAGGACAUCAACCCAGAUGACAUCUUCAUCGCAGUGAAGACCACCAAGAAGUUCCACCAGUCCAGACUGAACCUCCUUCUGGACACAUGGAUCUCCAGAAACAUGCGUCAGACGUACAUCUUCACAGACGGAGAAGACGAGGAGCUAAAAAAGAAAAUCGGGAGUCAUGCAAUCAACACCAACUGCUCUGCAGCUCACAGCCGACAAGCUCUGUCUUGCAAGAUGGCAGUGGAAUAUGACAAGUUUAUAGAGUCUGGGAAAAAGUGGUUCUGCCAUGUUGACGAUGACAACUACGUGAACGUUCGGACUCUGGUGAAACAUUUGUCCCAGUAUCCUCAUACACAGGACAUGUACAUUGGAAAACCCAGUCUGGACCGGCCCAUAGAGGCCACAGAGAGGCUUGGGGACAACAAAAUGAAACCAGUCAAUUUCUGGUUUGCUACUGGAGGGGCAGGUUUCUGCGUGAGUCGAGGGCUGGCGCUGAAGAUGAGCCCAUGGGCCAGUGGCGGUCACUUCAUGAACACGGCAGAGAAGAUCCGCCUGCCUGACGACUGCACCAUCGGCUACAUCAUCGAGUCGGUGUUGGGGGUUCCUCUGACCCGCAGCAACUUGUUCCACUCCCACCUGGAGAACCUGCAACAGGUGUCAAGAUCUGAGAUUUAUAAACAGAUCACCCUAAGUUAUGGGAUGUUUGAGAACAAAAGCAAUAUCAUCAAUUUGAAAGGGGCCUUUCCUGUGGAGGAGGAUCCAUCAAGGUUCAAGUCUGUGCACUGUCUCCUGUACCCAGACACCCCGUGGUGUCCCCCUCAGGUUGCCUUUUAGGGCAACCGCUCCUUUCUCAUCCUCGUCCCCGUCGUGCCUCGGUAUCUGAAAGGCUCGUGGGGACCAGUGUUUGGUAUUAGACCGCGUGGCUGCUGUGUUGUCGCUGCAGCGGUGCGUGGUCUUUAAUAGUUUUACUGGGCUGCUGUGCGGCCCGCCUCGGGACUAUUCCUUCCUGUCCGACGCCAGGACCUCGUCCCAUCAUGCUUGAGGGGGAUGAGGAACCCAGCUCUCGGCAGGAAGUAGCUUUCAGCGUUAAGCUUUGCAGGCAAUCAGUUGAGCUUUGUGAUGUAUAUGUUGCUUGUAAAUGUAUCUGCAAUUCUCAUAGAAUGUAUUGUCAUAUAUUCAAGCCUUUUGCCAGCUUUACAUUAGCAUUUUUAUUUCCGCUUUUAACAAUAGAAGUCCGUACGAGCCUAAUGUACAUAGGCUUUUUGACUUUUAUAACAUUUAAUUGGCUUUUUUAAUGUUUCUGUUCAGAUGACUCCGGACGAACGCUCUACUAUGAAGAUGUUUUUGUGCUUUUUUUAAGUUAACAGUGUUAUUUCUCUCAUAACCUGAGCUGGCAGUAGGCAGAUUUCCAAAUGCAUCCUGUAGGUGACCUAAUCUGAAGUAUGUCAGGACAAAGCACUUUUCACUUUUAAAGUUAGACCUAAUUUACGUCCUCUAAUGACAUGUUUCAGAUUUGUGUCCAAACGAAUGAAACUAACCCCUCAAAAUCUCAGCUUCUACUCAUUGUUAUGUAUUUAAAAACAGCCCUUGCAUUUGUCACAAUCAGGGAAAAGAUUAAAAAAAACAAAAACAAAAAACAGCUGAUGGGUGGAUUGAUGGAGAUUUUGAUUCGGGGUUACAAUCAGCUUUUGAUUUGCUUUGAAAAAGUUUGUUGUUUGAAAGUUGCACAGCUGAGUUUCAAAUGAGCUGAUGUUUUGCUCCUGGAAAGACGCUCCCCUCGUGGGUUUUAAAGAAGAGCCUAAAGUAGCUAAAAUGGUCUGAUUCAAUAGCAUCUAAAUGACAACCACAUGUGUAACAGAAGCCACAGUCUGUAAAAAGUUUGCACAAAAAAGACUGAUGAGCCCCUCUGUUCCUUAUUUAUACAUAAUGUUACCGCUGAGGCCUGCGAGGUGAGAACUUAACAGGAGCAACGUCGCUGUUUUCACAUGGAGGCGCGUCCUUCCUCCGUGUCGUCUCUCACCCAUAUUGGGUUACACUGUACAUCUUGAUUACAGUAUUGUGUACUGUGCCUAUUGUUUAAAUGCGUAGCGACUGUACAGUUUAUGCUUAGAAUGUAACUUCCCCUUUGUGGUUUACAUACGCUUUUAAUGACCUGGACGUGAUUUUUGUACUGCUUUGAACUGUGUUAAAAGACUGUGGUGUUUAUUCUCCAGUAUCUGGAGGGUUUGAACAGUUCAUUCCCAAUACUGGCUUCUCAGGGAUUCUGAGCUGAUCCUGGUAUUAACUACCAAGGGACCCACGGCGGGACCUGAAAUGUUGAAUAAAAUGCAUAACCACUGAGAAAUUGA